AGACCGGUGCGAGGUUUCCGGUGUUAUGGCGACCUGCUACAUCAACAUCGCAGGGUAGCCCAGGAUAAGAAGUGACCAAUUCGGAGGGCUGUGAAGAGCAGUCAUCAUCUCACAUGAAUGUGAGGCUUGUCCGAUUAUGCUGCUGCUGCUACUAGCGCUGGCCAUAGUCGUUGCGUCAACUUCGAUCACCUCCGCGGAGCCUGGGAAGCUUGGCCACCGUCCAGCGGCACCACUGUUCGACUACAGCAGCCUGUCUCUGCCCCCAGAGCACAUACCCUACUUCCUACGCAACAACCAGGGAGUCUCCAAGCUCUGCCACCAGGACCCUCUCUGCCCUUUUAAAGAUGCACUGGGGAAUCUGUCGGCCUGUUGGGGCUAUGAGAAGCACUGCGCUCUUGAGAAGCGCUUCGGUUACCCUGUGUGCUCCAAAGCUGAUGUCAGAUGGGCUCCGACGGUGGAAGCAGCCCGGGAUCUGUUUUGGAAGCAGGGAGACUUUGGUUACGUCAGGGAGCGGCUCUCUGAGAUGGAGACUCUAUGCGCAGCUAGCAGACCUGGGGAUUCAUCGUUACGGUGCAGCCGCCACACUCGGUUCUGUCAGGCGACCAACCUUUACUUGGACUUACGGAGCCCGCGCAGAGGUCACGAAAGGUAUAAGGAGGACUUCAUCCAACACGGAGAGAUGGGAGGGCACUGCAGUCUGAGCAGAGCAUCACUGGCGGCUGAGGGAGAUCACAAGAGUCCGCUGCAAUCUUGGUAUGCAGAGCUGCAGACGUACACGGAGCUGGACCUUCAGCCAAUAGACGAUGGGCUAUGUGACCUGGUCAUUGAAAAACCCACUGUGUUCAUGAAGCUGGACGCUGGAGUGAACAUGUACCACCACUUUUGUGACUUUGUCAACCUGUACGUCUCCCAGCACAUCAACAACUCCUUCAGCCGAGACAUCAACCUCCUCAUGUGGGACACGAGUUUUCAUACGUAUGGAGAUCUGUUUGCUGAAACAUGGAAAGCCUUCUCAGACUAUGACAUCAUCCAUCUUAAGAUCUACGAUUCAAAGCGGGUGUGCUUCAAAGACGCCAUCUUUUCCCUCCUCCCCAGGAUGAGACAUGGUCUGUUUUACAACACUCCUCUGAUCUCUGAGUGUCACACAGAGGGGAUGUUGAGGGCCUUCUCCCAGCAUGUCCUCCAUCGCCUUCACAUCCCCCAGGACGGGCCAAAGGAGGGCCGCGUCCGCGUGACUCUGCUGGCACGCAGCACAGAAUACAGAAGGAUUAUAAACCAGGCUGAGCUUGUCAAUGCCCUGAAGACUGUGGCAUUACUGGAGGUUAACGUGGUGGACUACAGAUACAAGGACGUUCUGUUCCUGGAGCAGCUGAGGAUCACCCACAACUCUGACGUCUUCAUAGGGAUGCAUGGAGCCGGCCUCACACACCUCCUCUUCCUGCCUGAUUGGGCUGUUGCGUUUGAGCUGUAUAAUUGUCAGGAUGAGAGCUGCUACAGAGAUUUGGCUAGACUGCGGGGCAUCAGAUACGUAACUUGGCAGAAAAGGAGCAAAGUGGUCCCACAAGACAAGGGUCACCACCCCACCCUGGGAGCCCACCCCAAGUUCACCAACUACUCCUUUCAGGUGGAGGAGUUCAUGCGGCUGGUGCUGGAGGCCACCUCCUACGUAAUGCACCAUCCCAAGUGGCGGCCCCAAGCCCAGCGCGAUGAACUGUAGACUCGCCCCCACCCCCCCCCCGUCACGGAGGAGUGUGUCCAGUUCACAAAGGCCCAAAGCGCAGGACACAAACACACAGCACACAUUGGACUGGGACAGCAUUCACAAUAAUCUUUCUUAUCGAUGCAGCGUCCUGAGUAGGGCUGCACCUCACAGUGUGUUUUCGAUGAGGUUAACCGAUUCAUAAUUAAGUCUUGAACAUUCAUUAUAGCAAUGGCACAUCACAAGUUACCAGAGUCUGAACUGAAGUCUUACAUGGGCUUGCUCUCGAGAGACAAACAGCCAAGAAAAACAUAUUCAAUUAAUAAUGACCCAUGAACAAAUGAUCCUAGUGGCACAAUUGUUGAAGUAUUAGGCAGAAAAAAGUAGAUAGACAGAAAAUCGAUAAAGUUAUUAAUCCUUGAUAAUUAACUUAAGGGAUUAUCAAAUUGGGGAGGAGGAUGGGGAGGGAGGAUGAGGGAGUGGUAGGAUGGAGUCGGGGAGGGAGGAUGGGGGAUGUGUCGAAGGAUGGCGGGGUUUUGAAGGAUGCGGGGACGGAUUUUAACUGACAUUCGACUCUGAAAGAGAAAGCAUUUGGACGCUGUAAGAUGUUUCGUCAUUAGCUCUGGUCCUCCUUAUUUUGCACAGCCACUAACAAAGUGAGCUAAUGAGCAGCUGUUCGCAUACACACACACACACACACACACACACACACACACACACACACACACACACACACACACACACACACACACGUCUCAUCGUCUGAUCCUUCACGGCGGCUAUACAGUGGCUCCUCAGAGCUGUCAAGUCAGGAUUCUGAGUUUCAGAGUAAGACGUAUCCAGCCCGCACUCGCCUCGUAUGUCCAGCAGAACUGUGAAACUCUUUGUGUAGUUAUUUCAAAGUUAAAUCGCUGUGGAAAUGUCUUUCCAAAAAUACUGAGCAAAGAAAAAUCAGAAAAAGGAAUGGCAUGCAAAGGGGAACAGGGUUAAGUGUGUGAUCGUUGAUAUUCGUGAAUGGGAAAUGAACACCCGUUGAUGAGCUCUACAGACAACCUGAAAUACUAGAUUUUCUGUUCGCUCGUUUGUGCAUAAUAUUCCUCUAUCUAUAUAAUGUAACCAUGUCAACACUGGCAGAUUUGACAUUUAAAUGAUGAGUAUGAUAAUGUCUGGCCCCAAUCCUCCACCAAAACACACACAGCUGACUAACAGCAGCACAUGUUUGAGCACCUUAGCACUCUUUUUUUUUUUUGCUGCGCUAACAUCCUUCUUUGCUCGGCAACGCAUCAUACUUUGAAAGUUAUAGUCACUGUAAAUGUUAUUUAAUGUUGUCUUUGCAGGAAUGAUUCACCCUCACGAUAUCAUAUUAUUCUGAUGCACUUACUGUGAAAAACAGUUAAAAUAUUCUACACCAUUAGCAAUCAUGAAUGGAAAUAGCUGUAUUUUCUAUUGAACUCCUUCCUAUGUAAAAGCAGUUUGGCAGUAUAAACCGGUUCAAAACUGAUAACAUGAUAUAUUACCUGCCCCAGCUGCUGUCAUAUUUCUAACCAGAAAUGACCAGAAUCAGAAACCAAAUAGAUAUUGCCAAUCCUUGGUGCAGCUAGCUGCGCAAUAACAUAUGUGUAAUGUAGAAAACGGUAGCUUGAGAUAGAGUGUCACUCUGCUUUGAGUUUGAUUUUAUAAAGAAUCCUAUUUGAAUAGCCUGCCCUGUUGACAAGAUUGGCUAUGUGUCUUUGGAUAACAUAAAGUAUUUGAGACACCUAAUCAUUUGCGGUGACUUACAGAGUGCUACCAUGUUAAUUCCUAUCUCUGACCUCUUGAAAUGUAGCUUCAGCUCUUUUUAGCUACAUGUAUGUAGGAAAUACGUGUAUGUAUAAGAAAACAACCAUGUCAGUUUAUGUCAGAAAAUAAUGAGUUUCAAAGGUGUUUGCAAUUGACUAAGAGUUUGUUUAAGAGCAUGUUUGUCCAAAAGGGAACUAAGUAAAAUUGUAAACAGUGUGAUGCAACGUUCAUAUGCUGUAGUGAGAGAUAAGAGGGCCGUUCCUUCUGUUUCUUUUUAGCCUUUACUUGAUCUUAUAUUUAUCAAUGAGGCCCUGUUGAGUCAUACCUUUUUUGUUCUUUGGGUCUGACACAGUCUUUCUAAUUUAUAUUCACCAGCCGUGGAGUAUUUUGAAUAAAAUAUCGUAAAAGUGCUGAA